UAAAUAAAGCGAUUGUCUGUACUGCAAGUCAAAAUUAUAAGUGAAUAAAACGUAUGGCUGCAAAUAAGAGAUUAGUGUACUUCUUGGUGUUUCUGGUAAUUGCCUUACCAGUCAUAACCGGGAUUUUAGUUUGGAAGUUGUUGCCCGGCUGUGAUGAUAAGACAAACACUGCAGAGUCUGGUAGGGCGGGGAGCCAGGUGCAACCGACAGCUUCCGGCGUUCAGACCGUUCCCACUUCCGCUCCGCUGCAGACGACAAAUUCAACUCUCAGCGGCAAAUUGACGACACCACCGUUCGAAGAUGGUCCAUGGAAGACGCUUCGUCUGCCGGGAACGGUACUGCCCGUGCAUUACAAUCUGACCAUGUUUCCGGACUUUUACGACAAUGCGAGUACAUUUUACGGUAAUGUUUCCAUAGAAUUACAGGUUAAGGAAGCGACUCAACUAUUCAUGGUGCACGUGCUAUUCUUGGACAUCGCGCAGACGAAAUUGUUGGACGGACCAUUUGGCAACGCAAUUUCAAUCAAGCGAACCUUCGAGUACAAACCAAAUCAGUUCUGGGUAGUUGAGACCACAAAGCCCAUUCUUGCCAACUCAACGGUGUACCUUGAUAUUCAGUUCAGUGGAUCACUGAACAGAUCAAUCGUCGGCUUUUACAAGAGCACCUACAUAAAUUCCAUCACAAAGAAACCGAGCUCCAUAGCAACCACGAAGUUCGAGCCCGUGAAUGCACGACGGGCGUUUCCCUGCCUGGACGAGCCCAACAUCAAGGCCACCUACACUGUGACCCUUGUCCACCGCAAGGGCUACACUGCGCUAUCAAACAUGCCCGUGCAGUGGUCCGACACGUGGUCCCAGAAUCCCUCUCUGGUCGCCACGAGAUUUGACACAUCAGUGAAAAUGAGCACAUACCUGGCCUGCUUCAUCGUAUGUGACUUCAGCUACCUUGAGGGGAAUUCAACAUCCGGUAUCAAGGUGAGACUGUACGCGCCCCCUGACCGGGUCAAUCAGACGGCGUACGCCCUGCAGGUCGCCAUGACGUCGGUAGACCUGUACACAACCAAGUUCAACAUCUCAUACCCACUGCCUAAGCUUGACUUGAUUUCUGUUCCCGACUUCGUGUCGGGCGCCAUGGAGAACUGGGGUCUGAUCACGUUCCGCGAAACGAACAUCCUGGUUGACCCUAGCGCCGCCUCGGAUGCUAACAAGCAGAAUGUGGCAGGUGUUGUAGCACACGAAGUGUCUCACCAGUGGUUCGGUAACCUGGUGACGAUGGAUUGGUGGGAUGACUUGUGGCUAAACGAGGGGUUCGCUUCAUUCAUGGAGUAUAUAGGGGCAGCAACCCAAGAGCCAACCUGGGACAUGAUAUCCCAGAGGCUGAUCAUAGACGUACAGCCAGUGAUGGUGACAGACGCCGGUGUGUCGUCACAUCCUAUCGUUGUUGACGUCACCGACCCGAAUGACAUCAACGCCGUGUUUGAUAUCAUCUCGUACAGCAAGGGCAUGUCAGUGAUCGGGAUGCUGGAGAGGUGGAUGGGGAGCGACCGAUUCUUCGAAGGGAUCUCUCGCUACCUGCACAAGUACCAGUACUCAAACGCACGGACGGACGAUCUAUGGACCGCGCUUGGAAACAUAGCAGACGAUAUUCGCGUAAAAGACGUCAUGGACACGUGGACCAAGCAGAUGGGGCUGCCAUAUCUCAACGUCACCAUCGUCGAUGACGUCAUAACUGUGCAACAGGACCGAUUCCUUGCAGACCAAAGCAUACACUAUGACAUAAGCGAUUCUCAUUUCGGCUACAAGUGGUUCAUCAAGCUUGACUAUAUGAUCAAGACAAAACAGACGUACAGCGUCUGGAUUAAAGGGAACCGGACACUUUCUUUCACAACACCGCAAACACUGAAUUCCUCGAAUCCGGACUUCUGGCUAAAGUUUAACCUCGACGGAAUCGGAUUCUAUCGCGUCAACUAUCCUGUAACUAUAUGGCGACGUCUGUCGGACGUACUCCGCAAGGACACAAAGGUUCUUACGCCGGCCGACAGAGCUAACUUAAUUGACGACGCGUUCAACCUUGCGCGCGCUGGAUUAUUGGGUUAUGACAUUGCCUUAGAUAUGACGUCAUAUCUGGAUGCGGAACAAGAUUAUCUUCCCUGGGAAAGCGCCACCAGCGGUCUAAGCUACAUUGCCGCCAUGCUGGAAUUCACUGGCGACUACGAGUUACUUCAGCAAUACAAGGUUGCAAAGGUGACGGGAGCAUUCAACAGGCUGGGCUGGGAUGACACGGGCUCUCAUCUUGACAAGCUGUUGAGGAGUACGGUGAUUUCCUUGGCGUGCGGUAACGGCCACGAGGACUGCAUGAGGACCGCAAAGCAGAAGUUCCAGGACUGGCUCUACAAAAACGCCACUAUUCCCCCAAAUAUUCGUUCUCUGGUGUACAACUACGGGAUGGGCGCGUCCGAUUCAUCACGUGACUGGCACAUCACGUGGCAGCGCUACCUGAACGAAGCCGACGCCCAGGAGAAAUCCAAGCUGCAGUCUGCCCUGGCGAAGACGAAAUCCAUACCUCUGCUCAUGCGGUAUAUCGAGAACGCACAGAACGAGGAGUACGUACGAUCACAGGACUACUUCAAUGUGCUGGGAAUAAUAGCGGGCAACAGGGCUGGCCGGGGGCUUGUGUGGGACUGGGUGCGAAACAACUGGCAAACCCUUGUUGACAGAUUUACUCUUUAUUCCCGAUACUUCGGUCGUCUUCUACCAAGCAUUGCAUCAAAUUUCAACACACAAUACCAACUGGAAGAGGUGCAGAUGUUUUUCGCCAAGUACCCGGAUGCUGGUGCAGGUGCGAGUGGUCGAAAGCAGGUGCUCGAGAGUAUUCAAAGGAACAUCCGGUGGAUGGCGACAAACAAGCAGAGGGUGGUCACGUGGCUCGAGUCGCACGUGCCAAAAGAGAAUUGAGUUGACGCCUAGAACGGUAGAGCAGAAUCAAAACAUCUUAUAAACAAGAUAACACAUUUGGAAUUUUUGUUCAUCCCAAAGAACAUCUUAUCACGUAAAGAUGUUAAAAUCAUAGCAGGAUACCUAUUAAAGUGGUCACUACAUUUGGGUCUAUAAUUAGUGCUAGCAGAAAUCAACAAAGGGAGAGAUUACAAUGAAGAAAUAGACAGCCAUUAUCAACUAAAUAGUCUCCCUUACUGGACAUUUCUUUAAAUCUAAUAUAGAAUUACAUAAAUCCUCAAAAUAAUUACUUGUAUUGACUCAAUGUUGUAAAACGUUUGGUGUAUCUUUUUCUGAACUCCCCGUUCAUGACCUUGUUUUUUAACAAUUACAUAAUAAAUAAAACUUGUUCUGUU